UAUCCAAUCCAAAUAACCAAAAGUAAAAUAAUUCGUGAAAUACCCAAAUAUCCCAGCGAUGUGUAUAGCGGUGUUUUUGUGGCAAUCCCAUCCGUUGUACCCUUUCUUUCUCUUGCUCAACAGGGACGAAUACCACAGUCGAGCGACGGAGGCUUUGGGAUGGUGGGAAGGAGGGGAAAUCUUGGGAGGAAGAGAUGGAUUGGCGGGUGGGACCUGGUUGGCUUCUGGAAGAGAUGGUAGGCUGGCUUUCGUCACGAACGUUCGAGAACUUUCUGUGCUUCCAUUAGCCAAGAGCAGAGGAGACCUCCCAGUUCGUUUCUUAGAGAGCAAAAAGAGCCCUCUAGAGUUUGCCGAGGAAAUUGUGGAGGAGGCACAUCAGUUCAAUGGAUUCAACCUGAUUUUAGCUGAUAUAUGUUCCAAGACCAUGGUUUAUGUAACCAAUAGACCAGAAGAAGAACAAAAGUUUGUGACCAAAGUCUUGCCUGGAAUUCAUGUGUUGGCAAAUGCAAAUCUGGACACUCCAUGGCCUAAGGCUAAACGACUAGGUGACGGUUUCAACGAGUUUUUAGAUAAAUAUGGUGAUGGUGAACUUCCAUAUAAAGAAAUGGUCGAAAAGUUAAUGACCAACAGAAUCAGAGACGACAUAAGUUUGUUGCCUCGCAUUUAUACCCCAGAAAAGGAACACUGCUUAAGUUCCAUAUUUGUCGACGCAGACACUCCAUUGGGACGUUAUGGCACUAGAAGCACUUCUGCAUUGUUUGCUACAACAAACGGGGAAGUCAGCUUCUAUGAGAAGCAUCUGGACAUGGAGAAUGAGCAGUGGAAAGAGCGGAUCAUAACUUACGAGAUCAAUAAAGAAGAGGAAACGGAACCGAAUGAUAAAACGUUAAAAUAGUUCGGUUACUAGUACUACUUCCUCUGCUGCUAAUGAUGUCAUUUCAAACUUUGUUGAAUGGAAAAGUUGGUCUAAAAGAUCAACUUUGUCAAGUGUAUGUAACUUGCCUAUAUAUGGUGGCACCAUUUCAAAGAAUUUUUGUUGUUUUGGCUAUAUAAAUGAAAAUCGCGAGUACCCACGA